GAAAAUAUUUUAUGAAAGUGAAGUUGAAAUUCUUCUGUUAUUUCUUUGUCACUCUACCUAAGACGUAAGUUUUACUUUAGCUGAUAAGAUAAAAUUUACACGCAUUAUGAUUGUCUGUUUGCAUUGUAGAUUUAAAGUUGCAAUCAGGUGGAAGAGGGAAGAGGCGUUGUUUUUUCUUCUUUGUUGUUUUGUUUCGUUUUACAAAUCAAUCGAUAUUUUUCUGUCUUUGAAAAAAUGUCAGAUACUAUAAGCAACUGCUUUAGUUUCACGUGGGAGAUAGAAAACUUCUUUUUUUGUCCUUACAACUCCAUCGCAAGUCCAUAUUUCACCGCUGAAAAUUUAAGUCAGGUGCCAUGGCAGCUGGUUUUGUAUCCAAGAGGUAUAGAUGAUAAUAAUUGUAUAGAUAUUAUAUUAUGCAAAGUUGUGGAAGUGGUAGAAAGUAUCAUUGAUUUCAAAAUAGAAAUCUUUGGACGCAGUGGUCACUUAUUAGGAUUUUACGAAGAAAAAAACGCAGUUUUUAAUAAAGAUACCUUGGAAAAAGUAGGUAGAAAUUUAGUUGAUAGAAUUCAUCUAAUACGGGAUACUUUGGAAGCGAGUAAAGAUUUUCUGACAAUUUUCUGUCAUCUGUCGAAUCCAGCAUCCAGUGUUGUGAACUCUUUAGAUUGCUUUGCUCGAACUAAAAUUGUUGUUAAUCAAAUAAGUCUUCGACUCAACUGGAGAAAAGGUUACGAGCUACGAACACUGUUAGACAUGGAAAAUCAAUUGAUUUUGAGAGAAGAUAUCUUUUGUCCUGAUAUGACUGAAUUUUCCAUCUGUUUCAGAAAAAUAAGGGAUGAUGUUGAAGUACUUAUUUGUAGACAGAACUCCAUUGCACCUCAAUGCGUGGAAUGCAGACUUAGUUUGUUAGAUGUCAAAGGUUGCGAAGUACUGUCCAUUGAAGAUGCUCACUUCUUUUUAAAAGACCAUAAUUUAUGGACAUUGCCUCCCUUCCUCCCCGUCUUGGAAGUGAAGUAUAAUCGAAACAAGUAUAUUAAAAACGGAAGUAUGAUUAUUUUAUGUGAACUAUUUUGCUCCGGAGGCAUCGAAUCAAAUGCCCUAGUCUAUGGAAACAAUGCAGCAAAAUCACUUGCUAAUACUACCAGGGAAAAUAUUAUUCGUCAACAUACCCUACAAAGCGAUAUCCGAAAUUUAUUUUCUGAUAAAACAAUGUGCGACGUUAAACUAAGAGCGAAUGGUGAAAUUGUAGAAGUGCACAAAUCAGUUCUAGUUGCUCGGUCGCCAUUGUUCCAUACAAUGCUCCAGCAAGAUAAUGCUGAAACCCAAACUGCAAUAGUGGACAUUCAAGACGUGGAUGCAGACACACUUAAAGCAUUUAUUAACUUUAUGUACUGCGAUACAGUGGACAAAAUGGAAUAUGACUGUGCCAAAAAUUUAUUGAUCGUUGCUGAAAAAUAUCAAGUGCUUCGCUUGAAGGAAAUGUGUGUAUCUUUUUUGAAGUCUGAUAUAUCUGAGAAAAACGCGUGUGAAAUUGCUGCCCUAGCGGAUAUUGUCCCUCAUGCAGAUUUGAAAUCUUUUGCCCUGGAUUUUAUCGCUGAUCAUUCAAAGGGUAUUUUAAUCAAGCCAGAAUGGUUAUCAUGGAUGAAAGACCACAUGGGAUUAGCCACCGAGAUAUUUCAAAGAUUUUCAGAAAAGCAUACACUGAUUUGAAAAGUUUGUUUUAAUCAUGAAUUGCAUAUUUAAAAAAACUUGCUUACUCUUUGGUACUGCAGUCCAUGUUGGACCAUGGCCUCCCAGAAAAUUUGACCUAUGGUAAUUUAACUCGUGCCUUAGUUUUGCAAUGGGUGAAAGAUCACAUGAGAUUAGCUACCGAGAUGUUUCAGAUAAGCAUAUACUAACUAAUAAAGCUUUUUUUUCUAUAUGAAUUGCGUAUUUGAAAAGCUUACUUACUCUGUGGUACUGCUGUCCAUGUUGGACCAUGACCAUCCAGAAAAUUUGAACCUAAAGAAGUCUACCACUAGCCUUAGUUUUGCAAUUCCUUAAUUUUAGUGACUUAAUGACUCAAUAUUAUUUUCAUCAUUUUUAAAAAUACAGGCAAAUAAUUGAAUUAUACUAUUUAUGCUUCUAAAUAAUUAGCAUUUCUCAUAUAAAAUAAAUUUUUUUUUAUUCUUAUAAUCAAUUGAA